CAUAUUCCGUGUUUUAUAACCUUAUUAUCAUUGAGCUCUUCUUUGUCGCGUUCGUCUUUCUCGGUCACCUUCAUUAUCGCGCGUCUUUCUUGGUUCAGUCAUCUUCAUUUUAAUGGCCUUAAAUUAUUAAAAUAAAAAUAUGCUACUUGGCCGGCCUUCUAUUGAAGAGGAGCAGAAUAUAUGUGAAGGCUGCAAUUUUGGAAAACAACAUCAUUUGCCCUUUUCUAAGUAAUCUUGAAGAGCUAAAGUCUCGCUCGCUCUUGUGCAUACGGACAUUUGGGGACUUUCAACAGUCCCUUCGAUAGCUGGAAAAAGUUGUAGUUGCAGCUGGAACUUUGUAGGCAAUGGCGACAGUCAAAGACCUGCCAUGUGAGCUUCUCUGUAUUAUAUAAUAUUUCUGUUGGCGCAGUCGUCAAGCGGAGCGGAGGACUUUGCAAGAACCAUAACUGUUUGCAAAAAAUUUCUUUUGUAUGCAAAAGAUGAAUCCAUUUUAAAGGUUGUCAAUUUUAAGUUUAAUAUGGCACCUGUGAACUUCUACCAUUUCCAGAAUGUCAAAGGCCUACUCGUCAAAUGUUCUGAAGCUGGUAACGUAGCUGCUCGGCAUUUGCUUGGCAAGGUGCUUUUGCUGAGCUCUACUCAAUUGAUCCUUAGUAAAUGCAAAAAUAAUGGUGGCAUUCCUUGGGAUCUUUUGAUGUUCCAUUGUUCGAUUCAUGACCUCAAUGUUUCUGCUCAGAACAGUGAAGUUGGUUCUUUUAUGACCUACUUUUGCCCUUCACAAGUAGACAGUAGUGGAUCUUCAACAUCAACGAGAUUGGUUCACUUUGAAGUAGUGAAGCUGUUCUUGCUUAAUGGCAGCCACAAUGACUUCAUUGAAAUGGGUGUUUUCUUGAAGUAUUAUAUUGAGUACUUGACCGGAGAUACUAAUGAAAAUAGCCCCCUCCUCACCUCCAUCAAGUUACUUGCUUCGCGUGCUCAUUCUGUUGGAUCAAUGGAAAAACUUUUGAAGACAAAAGAAAUAUUUUCUAACUACUUCAGGGUUGUCAGAAACUACUUGGAAGCUAUAGAGCAACGUGAUACUACUCGAGCUUCAAGUUAUGGUACCAUGACUGAUGGACAGUAUGGUUUACUCCUAAACAUGUAUAUGUUGAAAUGUGCUCAAAUAGGUGUGCAUUGGCGAGAGCCAAAGAAUGACGUAAAUUUUGUAGAUGCUCUUAGAGAAGAUGUGAUGGACCGACUUGAUGGGGCAUACAUUGAUUUCUGCUUAGUCCGAGCUGUGACAGUUGAUUGUUUUCAACAUUACUUCGGAUAGGUUUAUACAUGAUAUGCAAGAAUUGUGAACUUUCAAGGGGCCUUAAAAGGCUCCGCUGAUUGAAAAAGACUGGUGUUCUUUGCUCUGUAUUCGGAUCAGUGAGAGGUAUACAUGUAAAAACUCUUUAACGUGUUUUUUUGACACAAAAACAGCUGGAAAAUACUGGGUUUAGGUAUUUAAGGAGUUUUUUGUCAGGUUAAUAAAAAAUAUUUCUCUAGUACUCUCAAAAUAAAUUAUAUCUCUGGCAAGACCAAAUUUUGUAUUAUUUGCUUGAGUUAUUUAAUAAUAUACUUAGAUUUAACCCGCGCGAAGCACGGGCGGGUAUAUA